GUUUCGGAUUCAACCAAACCACACUACACCCCCACACACCCAUCCAUCCACCACGAUGUCCACGACCUCCACAAAGACGCCCUCACAGUGCUGCGCGGACUUCUGUCUGAUCCCGAUGGGUAUCAACAGCGCCUCUGUGAGCCCCUAUAUCGCGCAGGUCCAGACCCUUCUCAAAGAGAGCGGACUGCAGUACUCCAUGCAUGCUAACGGUACAACUGUGGAGGGCUCUUGGGAGGAGGUAUUCAAGGUUAUCGGGCAAGCUCACGGGAUGCUGCACGACCAAGGCAUCGUGAGAGUUCAUACGGACAUCAGGGUUGGCUCAAGGACGGACAAGCAUGAAACGGCAAAGAGCAAAGUUGCUUCAGUGGAGCGAAUUCUCAGCAGCUAAAUGACCGCACCUACGGGGGGAUCGGGGAGGGUCUGCCACUGGGAGAGGUACUUGGAAGUUUGUCCCGGUUACUAGCUGAAUCCUGCCUACCAAGUACAAGCGGUAUCCCAAUCGUGUAUGUUGUCGUCCGCCGAACCGUCGAAUAGAUAAAUACAUAUUCCGCUGGGCUUUGUGGUUGAGAAA